AUGUACACCUGGUCACAGACAACAACGUUCUUGAGGAUUUACACCUGGACAGGCAACAACAUCCUUAAGGUUGUACACCUGGUCACAGACAACAACAUCCUUAAGAAUGAACACCUGGACACAGACAACCCCAUCCUUAAGAAUGUACACCAGGUCAUAGACAAAAACAUCUAUAGGCAUGUACACCUGGUCACAGACAACAACGUUCUUAAGAUUGUACACCUAGACACAGACAACAACAUCUAUAAGCAUGUACACCUGGACACAGACAACAACAUCCUUAAGGAUAGUGUACACCUAGACACAGACAACCACAUCUAUAAGCAUGUACACCUGGACACAGGCAACAACACCCUUAAGGAUGUACACCUGGACACAGACAACAAACUCCUUAAGGAUGUACACCUGGUCACAGACAACAACAUCCUUAAGGAUGUACAUCUGGACACAGACAACAACGUCCUUAAGGAUGUACACCUGGACACAGACAGCAAACUCCUUAAGGAUGUACACCUGGUCACAGACAACAACGUUCUUAAGAUUGUACACCUAGACACAGACAACCACAUCUAUAAGCAUGUACACCUGGACACAGACAACAACAUCCUUAAGGAUGUACACCUGGACACAGACAACAACGUCCUUAAGGAUGUACACCUGGACACAGACAACAAACUCCUUAAGGAUGUACACCUGGUCACAGACAACAACGUUCUUAAGAUUGUACACCUAGACACAGACAACAACAUCUAUAAGCAUGUACACCUGGACACAGACAACAACAUCCUUAAGGAUGUACACCUGGACACAGACAACAAACUCCUUAAGGAUGUACACCUGGACACAGACAACAACGUCCUUAAUAAUGUACACCUGGACACAGACCACAAACUCCUUAAGAAUGUACACUUGGACACAGACAACAAACUCCUUAAGGAUGUACACCUGGUCACAGACAACAACGUCCUUAAGGAUGUACACUUGGACACAGGCAACAAACUCCUUAAGGAUGUACACCUGGUCACAGACAACAACGUCCUUAAGAAUGAACACCUGGACACAGACAACAACGUCCUUAAUAAUGAACACCUCGACAGAGGCAAUAACAUUCCUAGGGCUGAACACCUGUCAUAUCCUUGA